AUGAAGUUACAAUCAGGCUGUGGAUACGAUGACUUUGCCUACCCCACCCGAACACGCCGAGAUCGAGUCGUUGUGUCUGGUCAGAUCUUCUAUGUCAACCUUGGAUAUCUUGCCGAAUUUUCCGAAUAUUUUGCCGAACGGAUUGACGACGACGACUUUGUUGUGGAAGGUGUAGAACCAUACGACUUCCUAGAGUUAUUACGGGUGUUGUUCAAUUGCCCAAAGAAAAAGCCAAUAAAAGGUGAGUGGAAUAUAAAUUUGUUUGUUUCAAUUGGUCGAAAAAGCAGCGCAUUAUUGCGUUCAUGAGCACGUUUCGUAAACUUUGAAAUUUCGUCGUUUUCGAUCUUUCAGACUCAAAUCUAGUUCCCGUGGUGAACGCGGCAUGCUUCUUUGGAGUGGCCAAUGUACUAAAAAGAUGUGAGGAAAUACUUCAAUUCUGUCUGAACACUCUCUCGCACACUGAUCUCAUGCAACUGACUCAAACCAUCUCAAGAUACGACAGGGACAAUGCCUCGUUGUCUCUAUUGGUGGACAAGAUUGCCCAUUUCAACGAGAAUGAACUCCAGACUCUGCCCUUCUCUAAGAUCCCUGGCGAUGUUGUUGCAGAUGUCUACACGGUCAGACAGAUCUCGGCUGAUCGAGAAAAGAAACGGCGAACCAAGAAGGGGAAUCGCUUCUGGUCCACAGAGAACUUCUGUUGUUUCUUUUGA